AUGAGCACUUCUGACACUUGUUCCCAAGUUUAUCACAGCAGGCUUGUUAGCAAGUUCUGCAUCAAAAGUAUAACCAAGUCAAACAAUGGAGAAAAACCGGGAAGCAACUUUCACCCUAGCUCUAGUAAAAAUCAGCCACUGUCUGGCAAAAAUAGAGUGGAAGAUUCGAGAGAACCGGUAGUCAAUGAAGAAGAGGAAAACACAAAUAGAGAAGAAGAACAAGGAAUAUCUCAAAGAAAAACUCGUGGGAGAACUUUGUGCAAAAAGAUUCAUGCAAGAACUUUUGAAGAGCGAGUAGAAGUGACCUAUAAUGAUGUUGAUCAGCCUAUCGGUCCCACUAAAAAAGUAGUAUCUGACUUGAGCCUCUUCCUGGGAACAUUGGCUAGGAACUCAACAUUUUGUCCUCUAAAAUAUACCAACUGGUCAGGAAUGCCGGAAAAAAAUAAAAACCGUGUAUGGAGAUAUGCUAAUCGGAAGUUUAUCUUGUCGGUUGAAGCACGAGAUUGGGUUGAGACUACUGUUAGAGAUGCAUGGAGAAGAUAUAAGUACAAGAUUAAGCAGCAUCAUUUUCUAAAGUAUCCCAACAUGACCGAAAGACUUAAACAUCGUCCUCCAAAGGUGCCAAUAGCUCAUUUUAGGGCGCUUUGUGAAUUCUGGAGUAAGGAGCCUAUACAAGCAUUGGCUGAAAGUAACGCUAGAAAUAGAGCUCAACUGAAGUGGCUGCAUCGAAUGGGUCCCCAAAACUUCUCUCUGACUCGUGAAAAACUGGUAAAUUUCGCGCUCAAUUAA